GCGCUCGCCCAACGGCGCGGAUCCUUUUUGGAAAUUAAUAUUUAAAAAAAAAAAAAAGCCGAGGACGCAGAGGGAAAGGUGGGGGCAAGAGGGAAGGCGAGACACACUGAGAGGGAGACAGAGCCCCACAGUGAGAGGAAGGAAGGAAGGAAAGCAGCAGUCGCCAGCAGCCGAUGUGAAGACCGGACUGCAUGCGCCCUUCGCCGCCUCUGCCCGGCCUCAUCGAUGUUGUGUCCGCCGCCCGCUCGCCCAGAUCACCAUGAACGCGCAGCUGACCAUGGAGGCGAUCGGGGAGCUGCACGGGGUGAGCCAUGAGCCGGUGCCUGCCCCUGCCGAUUUGCUGGGCGGUAGCCCCCACGCGCGAAGCUCCGUGGCGCACCGCGGCAGCCACCUGCCCCCCGCGCACCCGCGCUCGAUGGGCAUGGCGUCCUUGCUGGACGGCGGCAGCGGCAGCGGCGAUUACCACCACCACCACCGGGCCCCCGAGCACAGCCUGGCCGGCCCCCUGCACCCCACCAUGACCAUGGCCUGCGAGACUCCCCCAGGUAUGAGCAUGCCCACCACCUACACCACCUUAACCCCUCUGCAGCCGCUGCCGCCCAUCUCCACCGUCUCGGACAAGUUCCCCCACCAUCACCACCACCACCACCACCACCACCACCCGCACCACCACCAGCGCCUGGCAGGCAACGUGAGCGGUAGCUUCACGCUCAUGCGGGACGAGCGCGGGCUGGCCUCCAUGAAUAACCUCUAUACCCCCUAUCACAAGGACGUGGCCGGCAUGGGCCAGAGCCUCUCUCCCCUCUCCGGUUCCGGUCUGGGCGGCAUCCACAACUCCCAGCAAGGGCUCCCCCACUAUGCCCACCCGGGCGCCGCCAUGCCCACCGACAAGAUGCUCACCCCCAAUGGCUUCGAAGCCCACCACCCGGCCAUGCUCGGCCGUCACGGGGAGCAGCACCUCACGCCCACCUCGGCCGGCAUGGUUCCCAUCAACGGCCUUCCUCCACACCACCCACACGCCCACCUGAACGCCCAGGGCCACGGGCAACUCCUGGGCACGGCCCGGGAGCCCAACCCUUCGGUAACCGGUGCGCAGGUCAGCAAUGGAAGUAAUUCAGGGCAGAUGGAAGAGAUCAAUACCAAAGAGGUGGCGCAGCGUAUCACCACCGAGCUUAAGCGCUACAGCAUACCACAGGCCAUCUUCGCGCAGAGGGUGCUCUGUCGCUCCCAAGGGACCCUCUCGGACCUGCUGCGCAACCCCAAACCCUGGAGCAAACUCAAAUCCGGCCGGGAGACCUUCCGGAGGAUGUGGAAGUGGCUGCAGGAGCCGGAGUUCCAGCGCAUGUCUGCGCUCCGCUUAGCAGCCUGCAAAAGGAAAGAGCAAGAACACGGGAAAGAUAGAGGCAACACACCCAAAAAGCCCAGGUUGGUCUUCACAGAUGUCCAGCGUCGAACUCUACACGCGAUAUUCAAGGAAAAUAAGCGUCCUUCCAAAGAACUGCAAAUCACCAUUUCCCAGCAGCUGGGGUUGGAGCUCAGCACCGUCAGCAACUUCUUCAUGAACGCGAGGAGGAGGAGUCUGGACAAGUGGCAGGACGAGGGCAGCUCCAAUUCGGGCAACUCAUCUUCAUCAUCAAGCACUUGUACCAAAGCAUGAAGGAAUAACCACGAACUGAAACCUCGGUGGAAAAGCUUUAAAUGAAAAAAAAAAAAAAAAAAAUUUUUUUUAAAGACCAGGACCUCAAGAUAGCAGGUUUAUACUUAGAAAUAUUUGAAGAAAAAAAAAAAAGUGUUAUUUAUAGUCCAAAGAAACCAAAGACUUAGCUCACCUGCAUUCGGACUUUCUUCGGAGACACACACUUCAGCCAGGUGAUGACUUGGCAAGAAAAAUUACUAGCGGGAAGACACCACUGGAUCUUACAGCUUCAGUCCAUGAUCAUCCUCGCUGUGCUUGGCUGUUCCGUGGUUUGGAGCGUAGUGAUUUUGAGCCAUUGGGUGGACAUCUUUAAGAUCAGACUUUCUCAUCCACUCCACUGCGCCACGAAGGUGUAUGGUGUCUCAGUACUGUGUGUGGGUAUGUGCAUGCAUAUACACACAUACACACACACACACACCACCACCUCCACCACCACCACCAUCACCACCACCACCUCCACCACCACCAGUGGUUAGGGACUUAGGCAGGGCUGGUCUUCAGGAAGGGUUGUGCUGUAGGAGUGCAACCGACAUAGUGUGGGGUUGUCUGAGUUCAUUGGCUUAGGAGUGUGAUUUUGCUUGUCUAGCCUAGCGUUUGAACCUGCAGGCCCGCGACCUACAUGCAGAUUCAAACCCAGCAAAGAAAUUUGAAUGACACCUAAACCAGUGCAUUCUCUUUGUUUGUUAAGGACUGUUCAGAUAUUUUUUAAGAGAUGAAACAAGAGUCCAUCCAUUAAAAAAGAAAAUCACCUAGGUACCAAAGAACACAAUAUUAUAGUGCAGGUAUUUUAUUGCAAUGAUUUUAAUAACCAAAGCUAUUUUUACACAAGAUACUAUGUAAAGUUAUACGUAUGAACUGAUCUAGCUGUAAUACACAUACCACGUAGAAUCAUGACUAUUAUUUAUGACUCUUGAAGCAUUUGAAAUAUUAGUUUUCAGAACUGGCAAGAAAGAAUGUAGCUUCAGGGAAGCAAUAUCAUAACAGAGAGGUCGAUGCAGUAUACAUGGACAUCCAGAUGGCACCCUCCCUUUCGGGAUCCGUAAAUGUCACUUAAGUAUACAUAUAGACAUGAUUCCAUGAUCUGUUCAUAGCUGAGAAAACCUGGGGAUUCUUCUGAAGUAGGACCAAUUUGUAAACUUAGAAAACUAAGUUUAACAGGACAGGUAACUAAAUUAGAAAAUUUGUUCAAAGUAAUGCUUUUUAGUAAAAGGCCACUGAAUAAAGGACCCCAUACUUAGGUUAAUUAGACUUAAAUUUGCUUUAUGCAUUUGACACCAAAUACCUAUUUAAAAUACGUUACAAACACACAAAAUAGGCAGACCAACAUUACUAUUAAAAUGAACUAUGCAGUUCAUUAUAUCCUGAAAAUAUAAUCAACUGAUUUUAUUGCCAACCCCAGACAUUUUGUGACUUGGACACCAAUAAAAAUAGCAAGUGCAACGGAGAAAUGGUGGAACUGCAUAGAAAAAGCAAGAGUUCUAGUGGAAGACAAGACCUUGGGUUCCAUAGGUAUUAAGCUAUUUAUUUCACUAAGCAUAGCCUCUAAAGAAUACUACAUUCUUUCUUGCUACUGCAUUAAGCUGGAAAUUUUAUAACAUAGAUUCCACUGUCUAACAGGGACAGAUUAAAAACUAGACCUGAACUUACAAAUACAAAAUUUUAAAUUUCUAUUUUUCCAAAUCACUUAACCAGGGCUAUAGAAAUCAAGGCAAAAUAAUAAUAAUAAUAAAAAUAGUAGUACAGUUGUUCUGGUAGUACCCAAGUGAAUUGCUUGAUUCCCAGGAAAAUUCUCUCUGGAUUCAGUUGAGCUGUAACUCACGUUAAGUAGAUGCCUUUUGUACUAGUAGGUAAAGAAUUGGGUACUCUUAAUCACCACACCUAACUAGAAAUAUAAAAUUAAAUAUUAUCUCAACAAUAAGCUGUUUAUUGAGAUUUGUUAAAAUGCUAAAGAAAAAAUUAAACUAUUUUGACACAAAACCUAACUCCUUAGGAUCAAAUCUCAGCAUCUUGUCCAGGUCUAAAAGCAGCAGGCACCUGGAGAGAUGAGGCUAAACCCACAAGCCAUCUGUGUCUCCUUCAUGUCUGCUGUGGGAUGAGAAAAGGAAACCAAGACAUACUUCUCCUUUGAUGAAAUAGUGCAUUUGCCUUGACACAUUUUGUCUUAGUAUUUUUUUUAAUCUCGCUCCAAAUUCCAUCUUUAAAUUUUCCCUUCUAAAUAUGGCACAAUUAUAGUUCAGCUAUUAAAAGAGAUCAUUUAAAUGGCCACCCUUCGAGAUUUGCUAAAAAUGUAAUCUUGUCAAUGACAUAAACGAAAAAGAAAAAAACUGAUGAACUUUUUCUCUCUCCAGGAAAGGAAGGGGCCAGGGUACAGCUGUAUAAUGUAUUUAUCAUUUAGGAGGGAGGAAAGCCUUAUUUAUUUAAAACAUGGGCAUUUUAAAUGCAGGGAAAUUCAAGUUGUGUCUACACACGAUCUUACCAAAUUCAAUACCCCAGGAAAAACAAAAGUUGAAUUCAGACAACCAUGUCUUUUGCUCUGUUUUUCCUAUAUAACCCCCUCAGAUUAAUCUGACUGUGAUUUACAUUUUCAACCAAUUAUUUUGGUACUGUGUAGACACAGUCUCAAAGAAUAUUGCUACAUUUUUAAUAU